AUAAAACAAUAUCACUAGUUCUUUUUUUUCGAAUCUAAAAACAUAUUCUAAAUUUAAUUUGUUAAUAAAACAGUGUUAGGUACUUGUAAGAGCUGUUGGCCUCUAGUAGUAGUUGAUCCUUCGGGGCAGCAGGUGGCAGUAAGCCGCAUUCUGGGCAGCGGGUCAGGCUGUUGUAGUCCGAACAGCAACCAGCUGCGUUAAUAUCUGAACCCUAAGCGCUUACAGCGAGGAGGAGGUGAGGUUUGUGUGGCCGGCAUCCUGCGGGCUGCUCACUUUGACUCGGUUUCUGCAGCUUGGUACCUGCAGAUAUUGUACAGCUCGACUUGUUUUAGACAGUAGCGCUGCAGUGAUACUGCAUUUUUGAGAGGGGGAAAAAACUUAACAGCAGAAAUAACCACAGUCAAGAGGUGAAAAUGUCAGACAAAAGUGACCUCAAAGCUGAGCUGGAGCGUAAGAAACAGCGUCUGGCUCAAAUACGGGAGGAGAAGAAAAGGAAGGAGGAGGAGAGGAAAAAGAAAGAGUCGGAGAUGCAGCAAAAGGCCGAAACGCUUCAUGAAGAUUCUGACCUAGACCGCAAGCGGAGAGAAACAGAAGCACUUCUGCAGAGCAUCGGGAUCUCCCCAGAACCACCACUAGAGCAGCCGCUGCAGCUCUUAACAUGGGAUACGUGUUAUUUUCAUUAUUUAGUCCCAACCCCUAUGUCUCCUUCAGUGAGCACGCCCAGCGAGGCCGGCAGCCAGGAGUCGGUAGACGGGGGCGUGGUAGGAAGGACCCUGCAGUGGGAUACUGAUCCUUCUGUACUGCAGCUGCAGGCUGACCCUGAGCUCGGUCGCAGGAUGCACAGAUUGGGGGCAUCAAAAAUCACCCAAGUGGACUUUCUGCCCCGGGAGGUCGUAUCUUACUCCAAAGAGACGCAGACUCCUCUGGCCGCCCAUCAGUCUGAAGAGGAAGAGGAGGAUGAAGAGAUCUCUGAGCCAAAGCCUGGCCCUCAGUCCAAUGAGGAAGAAGAUCAGAAGCAGGAGAUAAAAGAAGUCCACCCCAGAGAGCUUACGGAAGAGGAGAAACAACAAGUUCUUCACUCGGAGGAGUUUCUCAUCUUCUUUGACCGCACCAUCCGUGUGGUUGAGCGUGCACUGGCUGAGGAAUCAGACAUCUUUUUUGAUUACAGCGGCCGUGACCUGGAGGACAAGGAAGGGGACAUUCAAGGAGGUUCCAACCUGUCUUUCAACCGUUUGUUCUAUGAUGAGCACUGGUCCAAACACAGAGUCGUUACCUGCCUGGAUUGGUCACCACAGUAUCCUGAAUUGAUGGUGGCGUCUUAUAACAACAAUGAAGAUGCACCACAUGAACCUGAUGGUGUUGCACUAGUUUGGAACAUGAAAUUCAAGAAGACAACUCCAGAGUACAUAUUUCACUGCCAGUCGUCAGUGAUGUCAGUGGGCUUUGCUCGAUUUCACCCUAACCUGGUAGUGGGAGGAACAUACUCCGGGCAGAUUGUGCUCUGGGACAACCGCUGCCACAGGAGGACCCCCGUCCAAAGGACCCCCCUCUCUGCCGCAGCACACACUCACCCUGUGUACUGUGUGAAUGUGGUUGGUACCCAGAAUGCCAAUAACCUGAUCACAGUGUCCACUGAUGGGAAGAUGUGCUCCUGGAACCUGGAUAUGCUCUCUCAGCCCCAGGAGAGCAUGGAACUGGUUUACAACAAAUCCAAGCCUGUGGCAGUAACGGGGAUGGCUUUCCCCACAGGAGAUGUAAACAAUUUUGUGGUGGGGAGCGAGGAGGGGAUGGUCUACACUGCCUCCCGGCACGGCAGUAAAGCUGGCAUCGGAGAGAUGUUCGAGGGUCACCAGGGACCGGUAACCGGCAUCAGCUGCCACAGUGCUGUUGGCCCCGUUGAUUUCUCCCAUCUCUUUACCACCUCGUCAUUCGACUGGACUGUCAAACUAUGGACCACAAAGAACAACAAGCCACUGUACUCCUUUGAAGACAACGCGGAUUAUGUUUACGAUGUCAUGUGGUCUCCAGUGCACCCUGCGCUCUUCGCCACGGUGGACGGGAUGGGACGUCUCGACCUGUGGAACCUCAACAAUGAUACAGAGGUCCCUACUGCGAGUGUCACCAUCGAGGGGACCUCUGCCUUAAACCGGGUGAGAUGGGCCUCCGGGGGCAGAGAAAUAGCAGUCGGUGACUCAGAAGGACGGGUUUGGAUCUACGAUGUGGGAGAGCAGCUGGCUGUGCCCCACAUUGACGAAUGGAGCCGCUUCGGCCGCACGUUGGUCGAGAUCCGCGCCAACAGGGCCGACGGGGAGGAAGAGGGCGCCGUUGAGCUGGCCGCGUAAAAUCCGCUCCACUCUGAGAAUUACUCAGAUGUGACGGUACUUCAUGUUUAAUUUGCACACAAAUACUGUGCCUGCAAUUUUUUGCUGCUUUAUUUACUGAGCAUUUGCCAAUUACCACGUGCCGGUAACAGGUAUUUCCAUUAAGGAUUGGAAUUAUUUGGUGACAUAAUUAUUAAUGAUGCAGCUGUCAUUAAAACAUACAGCUUGCUGUGGAAAUUUCACUCUGGGUAGGUAACCUACCUGAAGGCAAGCUGGGAGUAGCGUACCAUAAUACCUCUCAUUCAGAAUGCUUGGACAAUGCGUAUGUUUACUUGUGGGAGUUAUCUGCAUGUAGCACACUAAUGAGGAAGCUUUGUGUUAAAUGACACAUGUGCAAUAUAUGUACCUAUAUAUACGUACCUUGAAGCAGAUACCUGAAACUCCAUAUAACUUCAUUAUUUUAAAUGCCCUUUAAGGCAUUGAAUCUAAUUGUAUUAACUUGCAGCUGCAUCAUUGGACUUAAUGGCAAGUUUAUAUGAGUUUUGUGUCUUUCUUGUGGUAAUUGAUAGCAUCUGACUGGUGUUAAUCCAAAUGUAAUGUCAGUAUUCAGUAUUUCAAGUCUCUGCUGUUGUGUUCAUGGAGAAAUCCUGUAACAAUAAACUAUCUAUAUCAUA